UGGGUCGGUUCGUAUUCUAUUCUAUCUCAAUCUUUUUUUUCAUCUUGCUCGGGGAAUUCUUAAUCAACACACCGCCAAAAUAUUUUGAUGAUUUUAGGCUUAAUUGAUAUAUUUUACAUUUUUCUUACGUUUUUUUUAUAGCGUAGUGUAAACUGUGGUCAGUGGUUACCCUCUAUUUCUUUACAAUGUUGUUGAUUGUUUCCCUUAAGCCGAAGUGACAAGAAGGCUAACCAAGAUGCCAGGUUGGAUUAAUAACUGGUGCUGACAUUGAUGAGCAAAACGCCAUCAGUAAUUAGGACAAGAAAUGACUAAUGGUGGUUGAACCUCUAUCAAUUGGUCACUAUGUUCACUUUUUCUCUUGUUUGGGAGCUCCCUCUUGUUUUACUCUUAGUUCUACAACUUGUGAUCGCUCAAACAUUAGAUAGUGGGCAAGGUGAUUUGAACCAGCCCGAAGGAAUUUGUGCCACGUAUGCAGGCAAAAUUUGUAAAAACUACUUGGAUCCAAAUGUCUAUGUAUGGUUCAGCAACGCAGGCAAGAGCGAAGGUGGUCAAGUGAAUGAGGACAUUGUGACCGGUUUGUGGGAUGAGUUGAUCGUUCAUUUGCCUGUUAAUUGUCAGCAUGCGGCCAAGAAAUUACUCUGUCUGUAUGCUUUUCCUGUGUGUCAACAAACUGGACCCAGAAGGAGCUUGCCGCUAUGUUAUGAAGACUGCAUUGCUGUGAGAGACCAGUUCUGCUACAAUGACUGGGCUUUAAUCGAGGAAAACAAGAGAAAAAAUAUUUUCCUUAGGAGUCGGAAACACUUUCGCCUUCCGGUUUGUGAAAAUCUACCCCGUUUCCAAAGUGGAACUGCAGUCUGUUCUCAUGCAAAAUUGACAGAAAUGAAGACCAGUGAAAUUACCUAUGAUUGUGUGCAAGGAAGGGGUCGGUUCUAUCAGGGAUAUGUUAAUAAAACAAAAGAUGGCUUACCGUGUCAGCAUUGGGACUCACAAGAGCCCCAUGAGCACAUUAGACCUCCAAAUGUCUUCCCAGAAGUGCAAAAUUCUGAAAAUUAUUGCCGCAAUGCUGGCGGCGAGGAGUCAUCCCCUUGGUGCUACACAAUGAACUCCACGAUGCGUUGGCAGCAUUGUGAUAUUCCAGCAUGUGAAAAAAAGACAGUCCCAACAGAGGCUCCAAAUUUGUUAGAAGAGCUCCACAGCAAAAUUUCUGGGACGCUAAUAAUCCUCAUGGCAUCAGCAGUACUGGUUUUUCUCACAUUUCUUUGUCUGUGCUGUUGCUUUUUCAUUCAGAGGUUCUCAUAUCAACCUGCUCCAACACAAGAUGUUAACAUCGAUUUGGAAAAAUUACCUAACAAUGCCUCAUAUCACAAAACAGGCAUUAGUCUAAACCCAAAGCUAGAAAAACUUGAAUUUCCUCGAAAUGACAUCAUUUACAUUCGUGACCUUGGCCAAGGAGCUUUUGGUCGUGUUUUUCAAGCAAAAGCACCAGGACUGCUAAAAGGAGAAGAGUUUACAAUGGUGGCAGUGAAGAUGCUGAAAGAUGAGGCAUCGGAAGACCUGCAGGUUGACUUUGAACGUGAGGCAUGCCUGCUUGCUGAAUUCGACCAUCCAAAUAUCGUGAAACUCCUGGGAGUCUGUGCUGUAGGGAAACCAAUGUGCCUUCUAUUCGAGUACAUGGGACGAGGAGAUCUCAAUGAGUUCUUACGGUCCUGCUCACCAAUCAACUAUAUUGUUCCGACCAACAACAUUCGCCUCUCGGUACUCGAUAUGGUCCGAAUCGCUCAGCAAAUUGCAGCAGGUAUGGUGUACCUAUCUGAUCGGAAGUUUGUGCAUCGUGACCUGGCUACACGGAAUUGCCUAAUCAGUGACUCCAUGGUUGUGAAAAUUGCUGACUUUGGGCUGUCACAGAAGAUCUACUUGCAGGACUAUUACAAGGGAGAUGAGCAGGAUGCGAUCCCUGUGCGCUGGAUGCCUCUGGAGAGUAUCCUUUAUAAUAAGUACACGAUUGAGUCAGAUAUAUGGGCCUUUGGAGUUUGCCUGUGGGAAAUCUUCUCCUUUGCCCUCCAGCCCUACUAUGGCAUGACGCACGAAGAGGUGGUCAAAUACAUCAAAGACGGACGUGUCCUUAACUGCCCUGAUCACACGCCGCAACCUGUUUAUGACCUAAUGGUCAUGUGUUGGAAUCGCAAGCCGUUUGAGCGUCCUAGCUUUCGCAGUAUCUCUCAAACGCUGGAGAUCAUUGAAGCUGAUCUUGAAAGAUUAUCACAUAACCGCAUUGAUAUAUUUCCUCGCAAAAUUCAGUAACAUUUUCAAUAUUUUUAUUUGAUUUUGACUAAGGCUAUGCAAAUAGUGAGUUCAACGUAAAUAGCUGGGACUACUUUAUUACCUGGUAUGUAUACAAAUAAUUUUAAACAGUGUAAAUGUUCUCAAAUAAUCUGAAUGUCCACAAUGAAUAUGAACUUUUGCUAAUCACAGAUACAGUAGCUUUCUAGGGAAUUUUCUUUUCUUCUCUUUGCCAAUAACAACAACGUGUUGGAGGUGGCACGUAUCUUAUCUGAAUUCUUGCCAGUGAACAUUUUUUUUUGAAGCUGGUUCCAUAGGUAGUUUUCAACCGCUCUUUGGCAAAAUUCUAAUUUUUGGCUUGGUUAUCCACAGCAAAGGCUAGUUUGAUAAUUAGUGCUGUAGAAUAUUUGCAUAGCCGUAUUUUCAACUAAUGAUUUUUUUUCCCCCUCUCUUAUACUGUCGUGUCAAGAGAAAAAGCCGAAUCGGCCUUCAGGCGUUGCCAUAUUUCCUUUAACAAAACCAGAAUUUUUUGGAAAACUCAACAAUUGAACAACUAAAAAUUUUGAAGAAACGUACGCAUAACUUCCCCCAAAAAUUUAUGUUUAAUCGGAAUAUUUCUCGCAACUACGAGGGUAAUUCCAAAAGUCUUGCGCGUUUUGCUCUCAUUUCAAAACUACUAAAGAUAGGAAAAAUCCGAUUAAAUGCGCACAUAAGGCAUACUUUCAGCUUCAAUUUAAGCCCAAGUUUUUAAAAAUUGGAAGAACAGGACGCUCAGGAGGUCAUUUACAAUGCUACCUUUACCCUCCACUGACACUUCUUCCUCAUCUGCAACAAUCAUAUUCCCUUUUAUGCUUUCGUCAAAAUCAGUCAUUAUAGCCCUGAAGGGGGUCACGAGGUGUGUAGCACCAGAAUCAAUAACCCACAUACCUUUGAUUCCCUUUCUCGCCUUACUUCUCCCUGCAGCCAGAGCAAUAAGUUCUUCGGCUGAACUAUCAUUAUUCAUACUAGAAUUUUGUAAUAUGACGACUUUCGCUGUCUCACCUGAUCGCUGUGAAGAUGCACCAUGGGAUGAACCACCAGAAUCAGAAUCUUUGUUAGGCCACGAAGUUGCAGUUGCUUUAGAGGAUGCACUUGCUUGACCACCAGAAUCCUUCUUGAAACUAGGACAGUUUCUAGAGAUAUGUCCAGAGAUAUUACUCCCAAAACGGAUGACGUUCUUCCUGUCGGAAUCUUGCUUCCUCUUGGGUUUGUUUUUCCAUGCCAAACGCAAUGCCUUCUCCUCAUCCUUAUCGUCAACUUCUUUUUGCAAUUUAGCUUGUUUUUCGGCUAGAUAGAGUUUGCUAUUUACAUCUUUAAUUGUUAAUAAUUGAAUCUACUCAUAGGUUUUUUGCGAAAACGGUGCAUCAUAGAAAGUUGGCGCAAUUAUAACUUUUGAUCAGCAUCUUGAGGAGAAUUGAAAUACAUAAGUCAGAAGGCAAUUCUUCGUGGUGCAGCUUCCCUUUAAGAGGUGUGCGGGGUCCUUUUUGUUCACCUGAUCAUUCAUCCAGUUCUCCUCGGACCUGUCAAUGCCGGGCUCCGCAGCUUCCCAGUGUUUGCGUUUUCGUAAGGUAACUGUACUCGAUGGCUCCAGACCGCAUAGUUCUCACUAUUGAGUGGAGUUAUUCUUCGUCUAAGAACUUCACUGCACUCUGUCGUCGUCAUUUUCACGAAACUUGCGCGAAUAUUUCACCUUUAAACCGUGCUUUUAAACAUCAAAAAACGUUGUCACAUUUAGGCACCGUCUGCACCAUCAUGCCAUGCGCUCCGUUCGAAGUCACAAAAACUUCAUUUGUCUCCAUCCGCACGAGUUUGAUGAACACUUCACGUGCUAGGCCAAUAACCUUUUGUUUCUUGGGCUGGAAAGUUCACUAUAAGACGAGAGAUAAAUUAAUUACAUUUAUUAAGUGCAACUAAAUAGUAACUUCAUUUAUGUUUCUCUGAUAUUUCUUUAUGUCCGCCAUGUCCGAACUGUAAUUCGCUGUGUUUCUUUUUUCCACUUAAUAAAUGUAUUUCAUUCACUUUUCGUCUCCUAAAUGAACUUUCCAACCCAAUAAGUUAAAGCUGAAAGUAUGCCUCAUAUUUGCAUCUAAUCAGAUUUUUCCUAUCAUUAAUAGUUUUGAAAUAAGAGCAAAACGCGUAAGACCUGUGGGAUUACCCUCGUAUCAAAUGUUCAUUCAGCAUUUUCCCUGAGAAUGGCAGUAUACAUUUUCUCCAUUGUAUCUACUGAUGUAACAUCCAAUUUGUAUGUACUGAACUCCCGAGGCUUGUAUCUUUAAAAGUGAAUGAAUAAUUAGUACAUUUUCAAACAGGUCUAUGCUAACUUUGAGCUGUGUGACCAAACAUUUUUUAUCAUUCUUUUGGAUUUCUUCAAGGAUUAAAAAAAAAAAAAAUGUUUCUUUUUAAGUCGUAUAAUUAUGUGGUAUAAAUUUUUCUAAUUUAUUGUAAUAUGACCCGCUGAGGAGUAUUCUUGAAGGUAAGAAUUAUUUUUUAACUUUUACUUUUUACCCUAGGUCUCAAAUCUGUGUAAAUGUACCUCGAGUUUUCGAAACUUUGAGUGAUCAUCUCAGUCCUGCUGAGGAAUUUUUUUUUUUUUUAAUUUUAAGCUCCCAUUAAAAUGAUCAUUUCGAAAUAAAAUCACAGGGGAAUAGGAAGUUACCUAUAUUUUAAGUUUUUUAUGUGGUGUUUUCCAUGCCAUGUGUUUCAUUGCCAUUGGUGAUGGAGGAAUAUUUUUACCAUUCAUUGUAGUUUUUCCUCUUAUGUGCUUUUAGUUUUAUUUCGGGAUUUGGAGGUACUUGUUCUUUUGUCUUUAGGAAUAAAAAUGGACGCAUUCAUGUAAAAAGAGUCCAUCUAUAUUGGAAGAUUUUCGGAAAGGCCCAGCCGAUACAGGGCCAAUUUUCUGCCAUAGGAUUCUAGUCAACGAAAAAUAAGUUUAUGCACUUUUAUCGUGCAACAGAAGAUCGUGUGACGCAAGUUUAGCAUUGAAAGUAAAUGCAAGAAUCAAAAUAGCAGACCUUCCGCCAUAGUCGAAAAGUGCAUAAAUUUAGGUGCCAUGGACUCUAUAUUGUGUGUCUAUCAAACAUAUUUCAGCAGUCCUAAACUAUUAGAGUUACAUGCCUUCUUUCCAAAACUUCCAAAGUAGGUAGACCUCUUUUGUUCAAAUGCUUUCAUGAUGAUGCCUCUAAAUUUUCAUGGUCGUAUGUAGAAAGUUUGAUAUUGUACAGCAACUAUAUGUUUUUUAAAACUCAAUUCUAGUGAUAAAGGGAUAGGCAGUCUUGAUUAAAUGUAAAAUAAUUAUUUUGAGAUGAUGGAUAUAAGUAAGGGUUUCUUAAUAACUCUGACUGCGUUCAAGAAAAACGAACCGAUUUUUUUUUUUUUUCAAGAUCAAUAUCCGUAAUUGUAUUUUAGAUGCGAUCCUGUCAGAAUUACUUUUGGACUAACUGAGUUUUCGCCGGAUUUUAAGAAUGAAAUAAGAAUCAAAUACUCUGAUUUAUUGUAUCUUUUAAGCUAAAAAUCAAAACAUUCACCAUUUUUCAGUUUGUUGUUGUCGUUGUUGUUGAGGUAUUAUUUCCGCAAUUAUGUGCAUCUGCCAACUGUAUACUUUUGGAAGCGCACUUCAAUUUCAUCCUUAAACAAGAUAUUACCACAUUGAAAUAUUUCUAUUUGUGUUUCCAAAUCUCCCGUUCUCUUUCUAAAUUUUUUAAGGAAAUAUUUCCUUUGAUGUAAUCCACUGAUCUCUCUGUCGGUUGUCAGAUCUCAGUUUCCCAUUUUGGUUUCCAUUCAUUUGGUUUCAUUUCAUUUUGGUUCAGUCGUGUUAUUUCAAAAUUUUUAUGAAUGUAUUUUUCCAACGCAAAUUCAAUUACAUGUUAAAUGCCUCUUCAUAAAAAUUUGAUCAUAACAUAACUUGAAGAUUAUAUUAGUAUAAUGUAACUAUUAAUAAUUUUCGCCACUUUCAGAUUGCGAUAGUCGUCUGUGUAGUACUUACUGAGUUGUUUCAACUACAUAAUUCUGUGAUUAAGUUUUUCAUAAGUAUGCCCAACUCUUGGUAGAAUUUUGUGUUUGAGCAUAAUCCACACCUCCCCCCCCCCCCCAAUUUAAGGCACUGUAAUGAUCAAUUCAUCAGAAAAAAAUUGAAAACAAAACAAUCCAAAAUCUGUUGAUCCACCCAAAAAUGUCUCUUAUUUCCAUUAAUCUGAGCCAGAAAAGCAUCGCUAAAAAAAGUAUAGGUAGAACUACUGUGAAACCAGUUCUCUUGGUCGGCCGUUUUACAUUCCUUGUCUCAUGUACCCUUUUAGAAAAGCCCCUGUUUAUUAGCAAUACAGUGCCCUCUCUCUGGUUUGAAUGGGCAGCUUACUGAAAGAUUUUUUAUAAUAAUGAGUGGCGAUCAACGAGAAUACAUAAGUAUGUCGACUGGAUGAUGCACUCAUUGUAGGGAAAUUGUCCACAUAAUGAGUGUUGUUAUAGAGAGAGAGAGCACUGUAUUGUUUUACAAAAAUGAAGAGUAGAAAUUUUGAAGUAUCACAAUUUAUAUAAUACAAUGUGUUCCAUUUUCUCUUUCAGUAUGGAAUAGGUACUUAUUUGUAACUGGAGAGUGAAAGAAAUUAUCAGCAAUGAUUCAACAUUUGCUCAAUGCAAGGAAAGUCAUUGAUCACCUGAAUAAGCAAUCAUGAACUUGAAACUUUAUGUACUUUGGUGAUCUAAGUGCCAAAGAAGCCAUCAUUUCAAGACUGAGUUAGUCUAAUUUAAAUACUUUCUUGAUAAAUGCAGUUAAGGUACUCAUCGGUGUAAGGUGCAUAACUAUGCAGUAGUUAUAUUAAGACAAAAUUCUUGCAGAAAUUUAAGUCUUAUCAUUAUUCAUCCUAAAUGUCUGGAUGAAAUGGACUGGAGUGCUACUUAGAAAUUAGUUUAUGUAAGCAUUAACAUUAAUCCAUUGCUCCCUUGAAAAAUUCAUGAGUAUCGGCAAAAAGUUGCCCAAUCCAAAAAGAAUAUCUUGUUAUUGUUCCGUGCCGCUCAAAGCAAAAGAUGCAAAAGUAAUUUUGAAGAGAUAGUAAAGAAGGAAUUUUAAACCAGACUAAAUCGCUUUACCUUCAUUUAUCUUUUAAUGUGAUUAAUUGUAGUAAUAAGACAUUUGAUGUUCCUUUUAUACAAUCUUGUAUGGCAUCGGUAUGUCAAUUCUAAACGAUUUCUAUAAGGACUAUUUUUUUAAGCUGUUUUCUACCUAUUUAUUUAAUUGGCCACAGGCGAUUUAUUUCUCUCUCUCUCUCUCUCUCUCUCUCCCUUUUUUUUUUGCUCUAGGGUCUUACAACAAUGAAGUACAAUGGGUGUCACAGAGUUCUUGUCAUCAACCUCCGAGGAGCGAACGAAUGAAGCUAGAAAAUAUGGAUCAUAAGAGAGUAAAAAUCAUUUUAUUGGCUCUUUGCAGUGACCUUUUCGAACUUGUUGCCUAAAAAUUGCGAUACUCACACAUUUUUUACCAAUUGAGCUCAGUAAAGUUGCGUUAGAAAGCUAAUGAGAUGCCACUCAAGCUAACAUAGCUUUUAUUCUCACAGCUUUAUUUGUUUGCCUUUACGGAGGUUACCGACAAAACUUUCAAGACACACCUAUCGUACGCACCAGGUUCUUUUUUUGAAGAAUUCUAGUCUCCCAAGUUGUAACGGAAUUCUCCUGUAAAUAAUUGUCACUGAAUUAGAUUAGUGUAAAUUCGUUUUGAAUGUAUUUUUGUUAUGUUUUCUUGUUGUUAAAGUCGUAGUUUUAAAUGCGUGUAUAUUUGUCGAUUACUUUGUAUGAACCUCGGGUCUGUAAACUUUCCUGGCCACAAAAUAAUCAGGAUUAUAGUUUAACUAUCCUUUAAAAGGUCUGGAGGUUUUUCAUAACAGAUUCUUCUACCCACACAAAAAAGGUAAACUAAACCUUAUCCCAUGAUUGAAAUUUGAAAUGCAAUCAGAAAAAAAUUAUCAUCUAGGCACAAACUUUAGCUGAACUCGGACUUUCUGAACCCUAUGUCAGUAAUCUAUCCAAAUAAUAUGCUUUUCGCUCCAUUAUCUGAUACUUCAAGAACUGAUGGAAAUGUGGCCUAAAUAAAACCAUAUGAUGGUAUAGAAAAUUUCCGUAAUAAAGUAUAGAUUUUUUCCGUGUACUGUACUGAAUCCUAUACUGCCAAGCCCAGUUCAAAUUGCAUUGAAAGUUUCGUAGGCUGAGCUUUUCUGAUCAUAGUACUUUAUUUUAGUUACAUUUCGAUAGAUUUUUCCAAUCUCUUUGAAUUUGGCUUCUUUUAGACCCUUACCCCUCUUAAUGCUGUCAAUUUUGGAUUCUUUCCCUUCCUCUUGGAUAGGGUGAUCUGGAGUCAAACAGCCAGACUACAGGUGCGUGUUUUUUGGGUCAAAAUAAGACUUUUUUUUCCGUGAAAUUUUUUCCAAACAUAGUUUUUUUUUUGUCCCGGGAAAUAAAUUGUUUUUCUUGCAUUUUGGCAAUGGUAAUACACGGAAUCUCAUGAAAAUUGGUUUAGGUACACCAUCAUUUGUGACUUGCUGAAUUAUAUACUAGUGACAUCAGAAAAAUCGAAAUCUCAGUCAAAAAUGGGGUUUGGGGGUCUCUAAGACGUCAACUAUGCAUUAGUCUAUGUUGGCAGUAGUCAUAGGAUAUACCAUAAUUCUUCUCAAAUUUUUUCCGAGGUAUCUGGGCAAAGAACUUCAAAUUUUUUAACAAAUGACUAAAUCAUGUUGUGUUAUUUAUAUCUCAAGCAUACCACUGAAGCUUACGUUUUUUUAGUAGAUAUUUUUUAUACCAGAGUGAUUAUCUAGAACAUCACAUUUUUCUACUUUUUUAAUUAUAAGGUGACUGUCUAAUGAUCUCAUUAAUUGUACUAUACUUUAGCUGAUGAAAAUUUUACACUACCUAACUGCUAAGGAGUCAUACAAAAGUCUAUUCUUCAUAAAUUUUUAUCUCUAUCUUUUUACCACAGCCUCAGCUAUCAAUACCUCAUUUUUUCCCCCUUUCUAAGAUCACAUUUUUAGUACGAUUUUUGUGUACGUUUAUGUUUUCCUUUUUUCUUUAACUUUAAUGUAAGACGUAGUUCAUUAAAGAAAAUCUGGAAGAACAGAAAAUGAUCAUUGAUGUGGAUUCUCAUGAUUUUGUAAAUAUUUAGAUUUAAGUGUUGUGCUGGAGUAUUUCUUCUUGAAUACAAUUUCAAAGACUGACUUUGAUAGUAGCAUAAACAUUUUUUGUCUGUGUGAUUCAAAGCAUUUUAAUUUUUUUUUUUAAUUCUGUGAGAACUAGUUUUUUUUUCUUUACUCAAGCAGAUCCUCUGAAGAAUAGAAGAGAAAAUGCUAGGCGCCUUGCCUAAAAAAUCAGAAGAGAAAAAUAAUAUUGAUUCCCACCUCUCCUUUAUUUUUAAACUUAAUUGAACGAAUAUCAUAAACUUAUUCGUUCUGUGAUUACAAUCAAAAGUUUCUUCAGUUGUAAAAGGGUUUUGAAGUUUUGAGAAUAAUCAUCAAUAAUUGACGAUGAGUCUAGCCAUCCGUGAAGUUUUCAGCAAGUUAGAUAAAAUUUUCAUAGGAAUUUUGAUUAUACUUAAAAUAUUGCACUGUCCAUUGACUUAAAAUCUCCAAGUCAAAUCUUGCCAUAAGAAUUUGUCAUGAAGGGCCUCUAAAGCGGUAAAAAGUCCUCUACUUAAUAGAACAGAUAUGAAUAAAAUUGUACAUUCCUGUAUCAUCUCUAGUUUCUGAAGAGUUUCUAUUUACAGACAGCAAUCAGAAACUUCGUGUUUAAAAGCCCUCCUUUCGAUUUCAAAAGCCUAAUUCACAUGGUUCAACUUUUCUUUCAAUUUUGUAGAAUGAUAAGUUGGGUUGUGUGAUGGGUAAUGACUCGUGUCAGUAUCACACGAUCUUUGUGAACGUUAUUGUGUUCCUGUGAACACAAUAAUCGGAUGAAAAGUUGAAGGGAAACUUGAAUGCCAUGUCACCCUCAAUGUUCCGUGCAACUUUUUGUCCGUUUUUGUCGGAUGAAAAUUUGAAGCUUGUGAAUUGGGCUUAAGGGUACGAGUUUGAUGAUUUGGGCUCUUCUUUAAUCAAUUUUGAAUAUUGUUACAAAAAAUGGUACAUAGAUUUUCUUUUUAACCUGGUUCAUUUUUAUUAUCAUUUGUAACCAAAUAAUUGUCGUACAAACUUUUUUGCUAUAUUUGUAAUAAAGUCUUGUCCAUAUUU